AUGAUCUCGUUAGACUCCUUCUAUUUGGCAUACUACCUUCUUCAUAUACCCAUCACCGUCUUUAUCGACUCUACAAUUGUGGUACCUCCAGACAGUCAGCUUUCGAUCUCAAAACUGAUUCUUGAAUUUCAUAUAGCCCAGAACAGCGAUUUUCUUCUCGUUGAAAAGCCAUUGUGGUUUACCCUCUUUGGAUGGGUCGAGUUGGUAUUCCAGUUGCCGUUGUUUGUAUACUUUUCUUAUAAGAUCGCCAGAAAUCACACUCACGAUGGUCUCUACUUGGUUUUAUCCGUGGUGUAUGGCUUCAAUGCCGCUUUCACCACGUUUGUGUGUAUUGGCUACGCUCUUAUUCAAGGUGAGUCUUACGGCUUGACCUCUAGCCAAACUUUGCAAUUGGCUGCUAUCUACGUUCCGUACUUGCUCAUUCCAGGCUUGAUCUUGAUUGACUCUGGUUCACGCUUAGUGGGCUUGGUAUCCCAAAAGGAAAAGCUGGAAUAG